AUGCGCUUCGUCGAAGACGAGAGAAACGCGAGACUCAGCAUCGAUGAAUAUCACGCAUUUGCUCAGCUGGCCUAUAUCUUCAGAUAUCAGGGCAGAUAUGAAGAAGCAGAAAAAAUUUACGAGCGAGCAUUGGCAGGAAAAGAGAUUCUGCUCGGGCCUGAUCACACGUCUACCCUCGACACCAUCUUCAACUCAGGCAUUGCCUAUCUAACCCGAGGUAGGCUUGCAGCUGCAGAGGGGAUGCUCAGGCGGGCACUAGUAGGACAAGAGAGAGCAUCUGGACCUGAGCACAUAUCUACCCUCGCCACUGUCCGUGGUCUAGGCAAUGUCUAUCAGGCUCAAGGCAGGCUAGCAGAAGCAGAAGAGAUGUACGAGAAAGCACUAGCGGGAUUUGAAUUCGCACUCGGCCCUGAACAUCCGUCGACUCUUGAUUCGUUGAAUACCAUGGGCCUUGUGUUUACAGCGCAGAACAGGCUAGCAGACGCAGAGAAGAUGUACGAGCGAGUACUUACAGGAUACGAGAAGAUACACGGGCCAGAGCAUACGCAGACCUUACAAGCAUUCAAUAAUAUGGGUCUUCUCUAUCAGGCUCAGGGCAGUCCAGAAAAAGCAGAACGUAUGUUCGAGCGGGUGUUUGCAGGGUUCGAAAAGACAGUUGGGCCCGAGCAUGCGAGCACUCUAUACACAGUCCUCAACCUAGGCGUUGUUUUCAGCGACCAGGGCCGGUUAGAAGAAGCAGAAGAGAUGCAAAACCGAGCGCUGGCAGGCUUAGAAAAUGCAUUUGGGUCUGAGCAUCUUGUUGUUUCACAUGUACAUAGCAACCUAGGCCACUUCUAUGCCAAACAGGGCAGGCUAGCGGAAGCAGAACCAAUGUUCGAGCGAGCUCUCGUAGGAUACGAGAAGGCGCAUGGGUCUGAGCAUCAAGACACCGUUCAAGCAGGCGAUCUCCUGAGGCAGGUACGCCACCUUCUGAAUCCGUCUUGA